UUGAAAGAAGUAACAAUGAUGGCCGAUGGUGAUAUUCCUUUAGUAAAGAGUUUUACUAGCACGGAGAUGGAAUUCACAAGCAAUGGAAAAGUUAAUAAAACAAAUUCAAGAAUGUCGACCCUGCUGUUUUGGCAGGGGCGUGGUAAGGCGACGGGGGCGCCGAACGGCCGGAACUGGUUACACGCGCCUGACGUUCUCGUUAAAGGACACGUCGCUUAUCUAGUAAAGUUCCUAGGCUGUACGCAAGUUGAUCAGCCGAAAGGUAUCGAGGUAGUCAAAGAUGCCAUUAAGAAACUGCAGUUCACCCAACAGCUGAAGAAGUCGGAAGCAAAAGAAAAUGCCAAGUGCAAGAAAGUCGAAAUUACUAUAUCUGUUGAUGGCGUGGCUAUACAGGAACCCCGUUCAAACAAUAUUAUGUACCAAUUCCCCCUACAUAGAAUAUCGUACUGCGCGGACGACAAAGGCGCCAAGAAAUACUUCUCAUUCAUAGCUAAGAGUGCUAUGAACGGAAUGAACGGUACUGAAGCAGAGAAACAUGAAUGUUUUGUUUUCAUUUCAACGAAGCUGGCUUCUGAAAUCACCCUCACCAUUGGACAGGCUUUCGAUUUGGCUUACAGACGGUUCUUGAACGACAAUGGUAAAUAUAUUGAAAUGCAGAAACUUACGCUACAGAACAAAAAGCUGGAGCUACAAAUGAACGCCUAUAAAAAUCGUUUACAGGAGCUUUCAAAAAUAACGUACAAAGACGAUCUAUCGGCGUACCUUGCGCGCAACAGCCUUCCCGAAAUCACAGAAUGGAAGGCACCGGCUGAACUGGAGAAGCAGCUUACGUCGCUCACGCUUGCCAACGGAUUCAGUGCUAUGAAUGGCACAAAGACACCGGAAAUGGCAACAGACGCAUUGUCAAACAACUCAACAGACACAUUCAACUCCAACGACAAUAACCUGUUGCUGUCCACACCGCCGCCCACGCACAAUGGCAAGGCUAACAACAAGCUCCUGGAAGACACACCAUCAAGCAAGAACCCCGUCGUUGGCCGCAGGCUAGAAGAACUACUGCUUAAUUCAGACUCUGAGAGCGAUUUCGAUCCUCGCGCGUAUGAGUCGGACUCAGUGCCGCGGUACUCCGCGCCCGUCACAGAAAACGCUGUCACCCCUACGCCUCCGCUGCUGGCACCACCUCCAAAAGCAUCAAAACGCCAAACGCCACCUCAGCAGCCGCAGCCAAACCCAAUAAACGGCAAUGACCUAUUCGGCUCAGCCCCUUUUGCUGUACAACCAACCCAGAACCAGCCGACAACAGCCGUUCAAACCAAUAUGUUUCAAACCAACAAACCUAACUACGAUAUAAGCGACUUCAGUCUGCAAACAUCGGUUUUUAACACAAACACGUCGUUCACAAACGGCUUGAGCGGCUACGACCCUUUUGAUACGCAAAAAACCGGUAACAUCUUUGGAAAUAGUUUUGGCAACACUUUUAACGGUUUUGGCAACUUGAGCGAAAAACAAACUGUGGAAUUGGACAGCAGUUUCAAUGGGUUUUUAGACAAACACAUAUCCGAGAUGAAGCUUGACAGUUGGACGGAUUCAGCCGGGGGAUCACCUUUGGAAACGAUGAUUUUUCAAUAGAUAACCUAGAUCCCCUUAAGAAAAACUAAAUCUGUCAUACAUUUUUACUAAACAAAUAAAAUAGUUAAAAUUUUAGUUAAUAAUGAUAAGCUUUAUUAUCAUUCACACAACUUAGUAUAAAUAAAUGCAAUAAAAUAAUAUUUUUUAAACAAAAAAAUAUAAUUUUUUGGAGUAUAAUUACUUAUUAUAUUUUUUCUAGUUUCUAAGCGUUGUGUGGAUUUUAAUAAUGCUAUUUUUAAGUUUUGUUUUUAAUGUUCUGUUUUGCCAUAUUAUUGGUUUUAAAGAAAACGUUACCUGCGCACGGUUAUAAAAAAAACUAAAUCAUUUAGCUAAUUUUAAAAAAUAUUUUCAAACUUUUGAAUCUCUGAAAGAUCUGCCAAUGAUGUGACAAGACAAAUUCAUAAUAAAAAAAUGUAAGUAAUUUUUUGGUGAUACCUACCUACCUAUGUAAGAUUUUAUGCGAAAAAAAUAUAUAAUUCGCUCAAUGUCAUUCCUUGUGCCUUAUACAACACUAUUAAUUAAAAAAAAAUAACGAAUUCCAAUUAUAUAAAUACGAUUUUUACAAUUUUUUUCAAAUAAUGUAUUAUUUCACCGGUAGAUUUUUAAGACAAAAAAAUGUAUUUUGGUAGAAAUUGACUAAAAAGAAAAUUUCGUAUUAGUUAUUAUAAGGACCAAAAUUUAUUUUCUAGAACAAUUUGAAGGUCACCUCAGAUUUAUUCUGUGAUAAUUUUUUUUCAUAUUGAGGUACUUCAAAUUAUAUUCCUGUCUUUUAAAAUAUAAAAAAAUGUCCAAAAUUUAUGGCAUGCAUGUUAUCGACUGAAACAAUUUGUAUUUGAUUGAUUAAAACUUUUCUUUUUAUAACAAAUUAACCGAAAAUGUCGACAUUUUUUAUUGCAUGAAUUUUAUGAAGCUGAGCAGCAGGUCUAACAUUUAUAUCAUCUUUUUUACUGUCUAAAGGAGGACUCCCAUUUGUCCUAUUACGAUAAGAGUGUACUGCAGUAACGUGCAAGCAUUAUGCCGAACCUAAUAAUGUCAUCAGCACAAUUAUUAUAUGAAACAUGCGACCCAUUGCUAGAAUAUACGAAAAAGAGCUGGUUUGUCACAUUAUACGGUGCUGAUGAUAGUACAACUCGGUGUCCACAAGGCCCAGUUUACAUUGCCGCGGAAUGGAAUGGAAAGGAAGUUGCGCGAAUUCACGAGAAUGCUCAAGAAUAUUCGAGAAUUCUCGCGACUGCGCCGUAAGGCUGUAGUCGGUGCUCAAUUGUUUAGAUCUUUUACGUGACAAUGAUGGUGGACUUAGACAUUAUUUUUAUUUCGCUUAUUUGUGAAGUAGAAGAAAAAAAGGAAGAACAGAAAAGGGGAAAGAGAUAUUUGGGUUCAUAAUUUAUGGAAGAAACGAAACUCUUUGGUCAUUUUGCAAAGAUUUAUAUCUCUAAGUAUACCGGUUUUGUAGAUGCUUCACGCCCUUCGCGCCAUUUCCCGCUGAUUCGCCCGACCCGCUGGGUAAUUUUUUAGGUUAGUUUUUUUAUACCAUUUCCAUUUCGAUGGCUGUUUUUAUUAUUUAAAUAUUCGUGUAAAUUGGCCUGAAAUAUUAAAUAAUACUUCAUGAUUCUAAAAUAUUUAAAUAAUAGAACCUACCUAACUACGGUAGCUGUGGCAAUGCCCGAGAAUGCGUGAAAAAUCUUUAGUAUACACGCUACCUGUUUCUCUGCUCGUAUCUAGUUUGUGCUUUACACUAAUGAAAUUUCAUUAUGCUACGCACAAUUUCAUUACAAAAAUCCGCUGCCAUUUCAUUCAGCAUCUAUGAAAAUAUAACCUAAGGGUGUCUUCAAAUUAUACGCUUAUAGAAGCACUGCAGUGGCGCUAUUAUAAUUUACAAGACCUGUGAAUAAAUUAUCAAACCACUACUCAUUUUGAUUCAAUUUUUAGAAGCGCAGUUGCAGCGCCAUUGUCGGAAAUGUGCACACCACUUUUGCAGUAACAAUCAGUGAAUUAAAAGUUACUGAGGCGCGUCUGCUGCGGCUGUCACGCCACUGCUUAUAAAAAGCAUGUAAUUCGAAGGCUCCCAAGUCUGCGUCCACUUUAAUAGACUCAAAGUGAUAAAAUAAUUUUCUAUACCUGUAAAAUAGUUUAAUACUACAAAUCAGUGCAAUAAAACCGGCGUUAAAUUGUAAAUAUAAACAUAUUAACACC